CCAUAAGGCUAGAACCUUUGAAGACCACUGCGAUUUUGAUUGGUCACUUUUUCAAAAUAUCCUGGCUACAGCUAAAUUUCGCCUUGAUUGAACAUUACAAACCAUACUUGAAUAAACAUCAGCAUCCUGCGAUCUUUAGUCAAAAUCUUGUCUCGAACCCAGCUCUCUACCUCGAGCUGCUUGCGUCUCCCUUCACCAUGGCGAUCGAUGAGAUUGUGACCGAUGCGAACCUAUUGACGGUGCUUAAUGCGUCCCGCGACACCCGAGUACAGGCGUUGAACCUGGUUGACCAGAUCGCGGCAACUGGUCCGAUCGAGAACGCUUCUCCAGAGGCUCUACAAGAAGCUUCCAAGCAGCAGAAACUGCUUAUCACCAACCUCGCACAGCUUCGCGGCCUUCACCGAGCAGCCUACUUCGCUGCGCGACAGACCAAGUCGCAAACGUCCGAGGCGCGUCAGGAGGUUGAUCGUCUGCAUCUGCAACUCCAGAACCUGUACUACGAACAGCGGCACUUGCAGGGAGAGAUAUCAGCAUGUGAAUCCUACGAUCACACGUAUCAGCAGCUUCCCCUCAUCCCACUCGAGGAUUUCAUUGCCUUGAAACCAGAUCACACCGAGGAUGACGAGGUUACCUUGAUGAUUGCGCGAAUCGACCACGAGCGAAGCGAACGCGAAGCUCUCGAGCAGAAACGCAUGGAGCUUCUUAAGAGGAAGCAGAAGCUUAUCGCCGAUAACAAGAAGCGCAAGGAGGACCUCGCGAACCUCGACAAGGAGCUCGAGAAGUUCAUCGAUGCUGCCAAACCCAUCCAGAAGCUUCUCGAUAAGAACGUCUAGGCCACAUUCUCGAGCAGCAGUAGAGGAAAGAGCCAGCGCUUUUCGUGGCGCUACUUUAUGGACGUACUAGUAUGGAUUUUCAUGGCCAUCAUACGCUUCUUCACCAGUGCAUCUAAGGGAACAUC